GCAAGGGCGGAUGUUGUGUAAUAUUCGUGCGCUGGUUUGUUGUUGGUGGUUGAUGCCGUUAUGUGAACUGAUUUUUACGUUUUCAUUCACAUUUAAUUCAUUUACAUUGAAGGAAUUGAACACAACCGUAUCCAUAUAUCCAAACUGCGCUGUGACGUCAAAGCAAGCAUUACACAGAGACUGAAGAUGGGCAUCAUCUCCCUCUUGAUCAGUUCAUCUCUCCUUGCUGUGUGUGUCCUCGGCCAAACUACAGGCAUUGAAGAGCUUGCCACCAAGAAUGCAGACUUUGCUACCCGGCUUUACAGCACGGCUUCCAGUACAAGUGAUGACAAUGUCGUGGUUUCAACCUUCGGGGUUACUUUGGCUCUAGCCACACUAGCAGUAGGGGCCGGUGGGACCUCUCGCAGCGAGCUGCUACAGGGCAUAGGUGUGGCCUCAGUGGAGAAAGAUAGAGAAAUCCUACUUCAGCAGCUUAGAGAGACCACUGCUCAGAUCCAGGCCACCGGUCUCUUCACUAGCCAGCAGAUAGAGGCAGACGCCGGCUUUAGCACCAGGGUUAAGCAGUUUUAUGAUGCAAAUGUUCAAAAUGUGAAUUAUGCCAAUGGGGUGAUGGCCAAAGGGAGCAUCAAUGAUUAUGUAAGAGGCCGAACGGGGGGUAAGGUCAGUGAUAUGGUGGAGAGUGUGGAUCCACAAACCAUGGCCAUGUUAAUAAGCGCUGCUUACUUCACAGGCCAGUGGCAGCAACCUUUCAACGCUAGCAACACCCAAGAAGAGCGCUUCUAUGUCAACAAGUAUACCAUUGUGCAAGUGCCCAUGAUGUUUCGCUCAGACAAAUAUUACCUGGCCUACGACCCCACCCUGAAGGUUGGCAUUCUGAAACUGCCUUGUGAAGAGGGCAUGGCCAUGCUCGUCCUUCUCCCAAACGAAGACGUGGAUUACACCCACAUUGAAGAAAGCAUAACUGGUCACGUAUUUCGCGGAUGGGUUGCGAAGUUGAAAAAGACGAAGUUGGAGGUUCAGCUGCCCAGAUUUUCACUGAAGCAGUCCAACUCGCUCAAGAUGAGUCUGGCCAGCCUGGGCAUUAAAGAGAUCUUUGAGAGCAAUGCAGAUCUGUCUGGAAUCAGCAGUGCAGAAGGCCUGAAACUGUCAGAGGUAGUACAGAAGGUCGCCGUUGAUGUGGAUGAGACCGGAGGCUCAUCGGGCUAUGCCUCCAACAAUUUCUUCACAACUCUUCCUCCCAGGCUCACUUUCAACCGACCAUUCAUUUUCAUCGUCUACCACGAAGCUACAAAAUGUAUUUUCUACAUAGGACGUGUCGUCGACCCAACAAAGAACUAAUUAUGUACAGUAUUAAGAAAGCAAUCGUAUAUAACCCCAUACAAUUAUCUGUCAGUGAUUCCCAACCACAGGAGCGUUAGCCUACUUGUAAAAAUAUAUAAAGCUAAAAUUAUGAUUUUUAAUGGAUUUAAUACAUUAAUAAAUUCACAGUUAGGCUUUUCUCCACGAUCAGCAACAAGCUUGAUUGUUUCGUUAAAGCAACACUUUGUAGUUUUUCGACCUUAAAAUAAUGUCUCAAAAAUGAUUUCAGUGGUAGAACAACUCUUAACCGGAUGAACACUUCUGCCACUGCUACCUGAGCAGCCUCCUAGAGGCUACAACCACACUCAGUAAGUUCUGUGUUCGGGUCGGUACACACAGCCCCGCCCAUCCCCUGCCUGCGGAAGAGUGCGAUAUGGUUUCCAAACAACGUUUCUGCAUUCGCCAGUUCAAUCAGAUUAGUAAACAAAUGCACGUGUAUUGUGCUGCCCACAGGAAAGCUUAUACAGCGACAUUAUUUACGUAACUGGUAACAGACAAUUGCGCUUAUCAACCACAUGGGGGAGCCGUAAGCAAAAGUUCUAUAGUGCUGCUUUAAAAAAAGCUACUUGGAGAGUCUUUUCACCCAGUUUUAAUUUGUAUUUAUUUUAUUAGUGUUUAAAGGUAAUAUAAAGGUAAUAUAUGGCCACUUAAAUGAAAUGAAUAAUUCUCAGUGAUAUUCGUGUAUGUUACAGUUAAGCACAAAAUGAAAUUUCUGGCAGUGUUAAUGAUUGCCAGCCAGGGACCAUUCGCUUUUAUUGAAUAGAUAAGUGUCUACAUUCUUCAGAUUUUCUCCCUUUGUGUUUCACAGAGGGAAGAAAGUCAUAAAGGUUUGAAAUAACAUACGAGUAAAUAACAGAAUUUUCAUUUUAGGGUACUAUGCCUUUAAGAACACAUUUCUGUGUUUGAGUCAGAGUGGUUGGGAAACACUGACCUAUGUCCAUUCCUCCCCAUUUGCUUGGAUAUCCAACCUAAAUUUAUGUGCACAAUGUACGUACAGUAUUUUCAAUGGACUAAUUUCAAGUAAAAAACUAUUAAUGUAAUAUAGUAAUGUAUUAUACACAAUAUGCAUCUGCAAAAUUAUUUAGUUUGCAAGUGUCUGUUAGGAAAAAACUGUGCAUUUAUAGUGUUUGCUUAAGUGGUUAAUUUAGGAUGUUUAUUGAUGGAGUGUUACCUACACAGUAUUUUACAUGUCAAGUUUCAUGUUUGUUUGUGCUUAUAGAAAUAUGCCUUCUUGUAAGUAUUAGCACGUGAAUAGGGUGUUCCAACUGCAACUCAUUAAAACCGUCAUAUUCAACGUAAUGUUUAUUCAU